AUGGUCACAUAUGUCGAAGGCUCUCGCGAACGAGCUGGAUAUUAUUCAUUAAUCACGUUUUCCUUGUUUCAGUCAACGUCACCUGGGGAAGAGGGCGGUGAAGGAAGCCAAGACUCCUCGGUGAACCGAGACAACUCCUCCUACAGCUACGACUCAAGAUCAUCUGAAUUCGUUCUCGAGAACGACGAGAAACUUCACCUGAACGCCACGCGCAACGACGACAGACCUCAGCUGCACUUACCAAGACUGGAUGACACACUUCACUUCAAAGGUCCUCUACAGGAGGAACGACACAUAAGCGGCUCCACCACCACCACCACAGAUAGUCCCCCUUGCAAAUCUUACUUCGGCAGCGAGAUAAACGGUGUCUCGACGAAUCAAAAUGGACCAAGAACUCUUGCUUUUAGUCCCCCCCUACUGGAAAACGGCACUGACUCCAUCAGCUCACUGGAAAGUGUACCCUGGAACAUUGAAGGCACAGACACUAUCAAAGAAAACGGAUGUAAAUCUCUACUGAGGAAAUGGUCCUUGGCAUCCGAUGAGAACGGACAGGACACGAACGAACUCUCGGAGGAAGCAGAACUCAAGCAACUAAGAGAAGAAAACAAGAAACUGAGAGCUGCACUUAAAGAGGCAGCUGAGGUGAACGGACAGUGGCGCCACUACCACGAACAUCGCCAGAAGUACGUUCAACGUCUCCUUACUACUAUCCAAGAGCUACACCACCCACACACACCCGCCCACUCCGCCAAGCAGGUGAGUCAUCCACCCCAACUCCACUCAUCCACUCAUACCCGAAACGCUGCACCUAUCCUGCGAACAGGAUAUACUGGUAGAAAAACAACUUUUAAGACAUCUCAGAUAUUUAAUCCAGCUCUCCGGCGGUGGGCCGUGAGAAUGCUGCAGGCAGCUUUGGGGUCCUUGGUUUACGUGAUGAGUUUUUCACCUAACUCUUUGAAGAAUAUUAAAACACACUUGCCCCAUGCUCCGAGGGUCUCCGACCUUAUUGGGACGCAGUUAUAG